AUGAGGAAGAAGCCGGCCAACGGGAGGGGGCCGGAUCCUGCGGCUCCCCAGCAGCGAGCCCGGGGCAUCGCCAAGCCGGCGGAGUACGUGGGCUCCUUCGCGGUGGAGGACUUGGACCUGCAGCAGCAAGCGGGGCGGCUGGAGGAGCAGCUGCGGGCGCUGAAGGUGCAGACCCUGCACCUCCUGCUCUGCCGCUCCUUCCAGCUCUGCUACCUCCUGGCGCACCCCGAGGAGCAGGCGGGCGAGGGGGACCCCCGGGGGGCCGGGGUGCUGCGGGAGCCGCUCAACCCCGAGGAGGUCUCGCGCAACGUCAACGCCCUUGUCUCCUUCCGACGCCUGCCUGCGCCCACCGGCCUCGGCAACCUGAGCGCAGGGCAUUUUUUCCCCCCUCACAGCCCCUCCACCCUCCAGGAGCGGCGGCCGGAGGCGGAGGGCAGAGCUGGCGCCUGGCGCCCGGGGAACCCCUACUGCUCCCCGGUUUUGGUGCGCAAAAAAGCCAUCCGCAGCAAAGUCCUGCGCUCGGGGGCUUACCGGGACUGCGGGGGCGAGAGCCAGCCCCACCAGCCGCCUCGCGAUGCCGCAGCGGCAGGAUGGGAGAGCAAAGGGGCGAGGAGCUUGGCCUUCCUCCCCGAGAACGAGAGCGUCCUCGCCGAGAGCGUGUGGGCCUUCACCGGCAUCGCCAAGGCCGGCGGCAUCGCGCUGCUGCGGCGGGACGUCCCCGGCGCCUUCCUCCUGCGCCCCGAGCCCGGCCUGGCCAAGCGCUGGUGCCUGUGGGUGCGGGCGCCCUGCGGCGUCGUCCCCUACUGCCUCUUCAGGACCCACCAGGGCAGGUUCUGCGUGGAGCACUCCAACGCCGAAUUCGCCAGCGUGGCCGCCCUCCUGGCUCACUACUCCGCGGCGCCGGGGGGCUGCUUCUUCUCGUGCGUGCACACGCUUGCAUAA